ACAAAGGGCAAAAACCAGUAAUUCACUUCACUCUCUGGUGCUGAGAAGUGAGAAAAGAUGGCUUCUUUGGUACUGAGUCAACUCGCUUUUCCAUCAGAAAAUGGUUACAAAGUGUGGGAAGAUCCAUCUUUUGUUAAAUGGAGAAAAAGGGAUCCUCAUGUUACUUUGCACUGCCACGAAUCUGUUGAAGGAUCUCUGAAAUACUGGUGCGAACGCAAUAAAGUGGAACUUUCGGUAUCCAACUCGGCAGUUUGGAACGACGAAGCUGUUCAGAGCGCGCUCGACAGUGCGGCUUUUUGGGUCAAAGGCUUGCCUUUCGUGAAGUCUUUGUCUGGUUAUUGGAAAUUUUUGUUGGUUUCCAAUCCUGCAGCUGUUCCAAAAAAUUUCUAUGAAAGCGAAUUUAAGGAUUCUGACUGGGAAACUUUGCCGGUUCCUUCCAACUGGCAAUUGCAUGGAUUUGAUCAGCCUAUUUAUACCAAUGUUGUGUAUCCAUUUCCGCUUGAUCCUCCUCAUGUUCCUACCGAUAACCCUACAGGCUGCUACAGGACAUACUUCCACAUUCCUAAAGAAUGGAAGGGUCGCCGGAUUUUGUUGCACUUUGAAGGUGUUGAUUCUGCCUUCUUUGCAUGGGUAAAUGGAGUACCUGUUGGAUACAGUCAGGAUAGUCGGUUGCCUGCAGAGUUCGAAAUAACAGAUUAUUGUUAUGAUUCGGACAAGAAGAACGCCCUCUCCGUUCAAGUAUUUAGGUGGAGUGAUGGGUCUUACCUUGAAGAUCAAGAUCAUUGGUGGUUAUCCGGGAUUCACCGAGAUGUGCUUCUCCUUUCUAAGCCACAGGUCUUCAUUGCAGAUUACUUUUUCAAAUCAAACCUUGCUGAUGACUUCUCCUAUGCAGAUAUACAGGUUGAAGUGAAAUUAGAUUACUCAAGAGAGACAUCUAAAGAAACAGUUCUUACAGACUAUGUCUUAGAAGCUGUAUUAUAUGAUUUUGGGAGCUGGUACAAUCGCAAUGGAAAUGUUGAUCUGCUCUCAACGAAUGUGGCUAACAUGCAACUCAACUGCUUCCCCACUCGAACUCUAGGAUUUCAUGGUAAUAUGCUUGAGGGGAAACUAGAAAAGCCCAAGCUAUGGUCUGCUGAACAUCCAAAUUUGUACACACUGGUUAUCGUGCUUAAGGAUGCAUCGGGCAACGUAGUAGACUGUGAAUCAUGCCCAGUUGGUAUAAGACAAGUAUCAAAAGCCCCGAAGCAGCUACUUAUUAAUGGGCGUCCUGUUGUAAUAAGAGGUGUGAACAGGCACGAGCAUCAUCCGCGUGUGGGGAAGACUAACAUAGAGGCUUGCAUGGUUAAGGAUUUGGUUGUAAUGAAGCAACAUAAUAUAAAUGCUGUGAGAAACAGCCACUAUCCUCAACAUCCCCGUUGGUACGAGUUGUGUGACCUAUUUGGAAUGUAUAUGAUAGAUGAAGCCAAUAUCGAAACACAUGGUUUUGAUCUUUCUGGACAUCUGAAGCAUCCUACACAGGAACCUAUCUGGGCUGCAGCAAUGAUGGACCGUGUUAUAGGCAUGGUUGAAAGGGACAAAAAUCAUGCAUGCAUUUUUUCGUGGUCCUUAGGAAAUGAGGCUGGAUAUGGACCUAAUCAUUCUGCUUCAGCCGGAUGGAUUCGUGGAAGGGACCCUGCACGAGUAUUACAUUAUGAAGGUGGUGGAUCUAGAACCCCAUCCACUGAUAUUGUAUGCCCAAUGUAUAUGCGCGUUUGGGACAUAGUAAAGAUUGCAAAUGAUCCAAAUGAAACACGGCCUUUAAUUUUAUGCGAGUAUUCACAUGCCAUGGGAAACAGCUGUGGAAAUCUACAUGAAUAUUGGGAAGCAAUUGAUAAUGUUUUCGGCCUCCAAGGUGGCUUCAUAUGGGAUUGGGUUGACCAGGCCCUAUUGAAGGACAAUGGAAAGGGUAGCAAAUUCUGGGCAUAUGGUGGCGACUUUGGGGAUUCUCCAAAUGAUUUAAACUUUUGCUUGAAUGGUAUUACAUGGCCAGACCGAACUCCUCAUCCUACCUUACAAGAAGUUAAGCAUGUCUAUCAACCGAUCAAGGUUUAUCUAAGGGAAAGCAUGGUUAUGAUAAAGAACACUAAUUUUUACGAUACAACGGAAGGAGUGAUGUUUGAAUGGGCUGUUCUUGGGGAUGGGUGUGAACUUGGGUGUGGAGUUCUAUCCGUUCCCGUGAUAGAACCUCAGAGCAGUUAUGAUAUCGAAUGGAAGUCUGGUCCGUGGUAUCCUCUAUGGGCUUCCACGGAUUCCAUAGAAAUAUUUUUGACAAUCACCGCUAAGCUUUUGCACCCCAAACGGUGGGUUGAAGCUGGUCAUGUUGUCUCAUCGACUCAAGUUCAGUUACCUGCCAGAAGAGAUACCAUACCUCAUAUCAUCAAAGCGAAAGACGAUGUCCUUUCCACCGAACUUCUUGGGGAUAAUAUCAGAUUUAGCAACAAGUUAUGGGAGAUUACAUUGAAUACGAAAACUGGAAGUCUGGAGAACUGGAAGGUUGAAGGCGUCCCUAUAAUGAAAAAUGGCAUAUUUCCGUGCUUUUGGCGAGCACCGAUAGAUAAUGACAAAGGGGGAGGUCCGAGCAGUUAUUACUCUAAGUGGAAAGCUGCCCUUAUCGACGAUAUAGAUUUUCUAGCUGAAAGCUGUUCUAUACAAAAUAAGGCAGACAAUCUUGUGAAACUAGCCAUUGCCUACGUUGGUCUCAUUAAGGGCGAGAAUGGUACUUCAAAUGAGUCGAAAAAAGUGGCUUUAUUUGAAGUCGACAUGCUUUACACGAUCCAUAGUUCCGGUGACAUCAUUAUCGAAUCCAAUGUAAAACCGAGUUUUAAUCUUCCUCCUUUACCACGCGUUGGAGUUGAGUUCCACUUGGAAAAGUCGGUGGACCAAGUGAAAUGGUAUGGAAGAGGGCCAUUUGAGUGUUACCCGGAUCGAAAAGCUGCGGCUCAUGUUGGGGUUUUUGAGCGGUCGGUGGAAGAUAUGCAUGUUCCUUACAUAGUUCCAGGGGAGUCAGGGGGGAGAGCGGAUGUCAGAUGGGUGACGUUUCAAGACAAGGAUGGUGUUGGAAUGUAUGCUUCAACAUUCGGAACAUCUCCACCUAUGCAACUGAAUGCAAGUUAUUAUAGCACCGCUGAGCUUGAUCGGGCAAUUCGGAAUGAAGAACUUGUCAAAGGGGAUAACAUCGAGGUGCAUCUUGACCACAAGCACAUGGGCAUCGGCGGAGACGAUAGCUGGACAGCCUGCGUACACGAGAAGUAUCUGGUUCCGGCCGUGCCUUACUCGUUCUCGAUCCGGUUAUGUCCCAUAACUGCAGCUACUUCUGGCCAAGAUCUCUUCAAGUCCCAACUUCAAAACUGAGUCCAUUUUCAUAUGUACUAUUUGCAAAUAACUUUUUGAAGUAUGGACAUCAUGAGGGCCUGGGACGCCCUCAGGACACACUGUAAUAAGACGUUUUCAUUUAGUUUUCAUGUGGAUACAAGAGCGACUUAUUUUAAUAAUAAAUAAAAGGGUUAAUGGCACCAA